AUGGCACCAAAAUCAAGCUCUAAUCUAGCUGGGACACCGAAAGGUACCCCAAAAAAGAAAAGUGCUUCUGAUGACUCUGAAUCUGCCUCCUCAAAAACAUCAAAAACUAAAGUUCCAAGAUCAUUUAUUGUUAGACCAUCACCAAAUAUUAAUAACAAGUCUGCUGUGAAAGCUUACCUACAUCCAUCUAUUUUGAAGGCUAUUGAUAUUACAAAUGGCUCUAUGGCACAUCUUGCUAAAGAGGGUGAGUCUGGCGUACUGGCAAUUGUGAGUGCUGGUGAUGAAAGUUGUCCAUUAAACGUGAUACAGGUCUCAAAAACUUUAAGAUCAGUAUCAGGAAUCAUGUUGGGUGAUAGACUAGAGAUCUCUAAAGUGUCAACUCAACCUUCAUAUGGCACCAAUGUGACGAUAGGGACUGUAUCUGGGAAAAAGCUAUCAGAUAGAGCCACUAAAUCUGUUGAGAAGCUCUUUGAUGAAGUUGGUGUGAUAAUGCCUGGUAUGAGAUUCCAAUCAUUCACAGCUCCAGGACAAACUGAACAGGAUGAAAAAACACUUGAGACUUUGGUUGUCGUAGAAGUGGAUGACCUUCCAGAUCUUGGAAAACUACAACUAGAAGAUAAUGACAUGCCAAGUGAAAGCUUUCAAAGAUUUAUCUCACCACCAUUGUUGUUUAAAAGAGGAAGUACCAAAAUCAUAUUUACCGAAGAAUCAGAGCCAAAUCGCAAAUAUUCUUUACCAAAAUUAACAACUUAUUCAUCUGUGGGUGGUCUGAAAGGACAAAUAGAGUUAUUAAAAGCUACUAUUGAGCUACCACUUCAUCAACCAACGCUGUUUUCGGAUUUUGGGGUCACACCUCCAAGGGGAAUAUUACUUCAUGGUCCACCAGGUACUGGUAAAACCAUGCUUCUUAGGGCCGUUGCAGCUGAAACAAAUGCACAUGUUUUAACUAUCAAUGGUCCGUCAAUCGUUUCAAAAUACUUGGGUGAGACUGAAUCUGCAUUGAGAGAUAUUUUCAACGAGGCUAGAAAAUAUCAACCAGCUAUUAUAUUCAUUGAUGAAAUUGACUCACUAGCUCCAAGUAGGUCUAGUGAUGAUUCUGGUGAAGUUGAAAGUCGGGUUGUUGCAACACUAUUGACUUUGAUGGAUGGUGUUGGUGAUAGUGGAAGACUAGUCGUUGUUGCUGCUACAAACAGACCAAAUGCUAUAGAUUCUGCCUUGAGACGUCCAGGGAGAUUCGAUCAAGAAGUUGAGAUAGGUAUCCCUGAUGUCGAAGCUAGAAAUGAUAUUUUGAAGCUACAAUUUGAAAGAAUGAAGCGUCACAACUUGUCAGAUCAAGAUAUUUUCAAUUUGGCGUCAAGAACACAUGGUUAUGUUGGUGCUGAUUUAGUCGCUUUAUGCAGAGAAUGUGUGAUGAAAACCAUUCAACGUGGCUUGAAAUCGUCGACGCCAAACUCAUCGCUAAAUGUUACUAGUGAAGAUGUUGAAUUAGCACUACCUGAAAUACGACCAAGUGCAAUGAGAGAGAUCUUUUUAGAGAUGCCAAAAGUGUAUUGGAAGGAUAUCGGUGGUCAGGAUGAAUUGAAAAUUAAGUUAAGAGAAAUGAUUCAAUUGCCUUUAGAAGCUUCUGAAACUUUCAAAAAAUUAGGUGUCUCAGCACCAAAAGGGGUUUUAUUGUAUGGUCCUCCAGGUUGUUCAAAAACUUUGACUGCUAAAGCCUUGGCUACAGAAUCUGGGGUGAACUUUUUAGCUGUUAAAGGACCUGAAAUUUUCAACAAAUAUGUUGGUGAAUCCGAAAGAGCUAUUAGAGAAAUCUUUAGAAAAGCUAGAGCAGCAGCACCAAGUAUUAUAUUUUUUGAUGAAAUUGAUGCAUUAUCUCCAGAUAGAUCAGAAGGAGGUCCUUCAACGUCCGCUGCCAGUCAUGUUCUAACCUCCCUGCUUAAUGAAAUUGACGGUGUUGAAGAACUUAAAGGGGUUGUUAUAGUGGCUGCUACUAAUAGACCUGAUGAAAUUGAUCCAGCUUUGUUAAGACCAGGUAGAUUAGACAGACAUAUAUACGUGGCUCCACCUGACUUUGAAGCCAGACUUCAAAUUUUAAAGAAUUCAACUGCAAAGAUGGCAAUUUCUCGUGAUGAUAUUAAUCUAGAUGAUAUUGCUAAAAGAACAGAUGGUUGUUCAGGUGCAGAAGUUGUGCUGCUGUGUCAGGAAGCUGGUUUGGCUGCUGUUAUGGAGAAUCAACUUGCAGAGAAGGUUGAAAAGAGACAUUUUGAAAAGGCUUUGGCUGGAAUUGCGAGAGGUAUAACGCCCGAAAUGCUUCUGUACUAUCAAGAAUUUGCAAAUAGAAGUGGUAUUGAGGCUUAG